AUGAAAUUUAUAGGAUGGUCUUUAUAUGGAACAUCAUGUUAUAUAGCUGUAUUGGAAGAAUUAUCUUGGACAGAAGCUAACGAUCUCUGUGCUUCACAAAAGUAUAAUUACAGUCAAAGCAUUGCUCUCAGUGAUUGGUUACUAAUGCGUGAUAUGAGUAUUACCUUGUUGAACUCAAAAGGUAAUUACUGGACAGCAUUUUAUCACACAAGCUGGAAACCAUUACAACAGGAAGAGUGUAAUUCUCUCAAUGCAGUUCUAAAUAAAAAAUAUCAGUUCAGUACUGCAUCAAUCUACAACCCACUGUGGUCAUUUUAUCAGCCUGCUGUUGAUUAUUGUACUAGAAAUAGUUGUGUUUACAUGUCUGCAAAUUUUUCGGAUCAAAUAAAUUAUGGAUGGAAAAUGGAAGAUUGUAACAUUGCAUACUUCACUAUUUGUGAAACAUUUGCGUGCUUGAAAGAUUAUGAAUAUCGAUGUGAGGAUAAUAGCAACUGUUAUCCGCAUGAAGGCCAAUGUGAUGGAAUUCAGGACUGUUCUGAUAAUUCCGAUGAAGAAAAUUGUUCAGUAAAACAUAUUACAUGCGGUAAACCAUUGUAUGAAGAGACACAAAAUGAAAUAAUAUUUGAAAUUAAUUCCACAGAAUACGUUAUUUGUCAAUGGACUAUUCGAUCAUCUCUUAAAAACAAAAUCAUUCUGAGACAAGAUUAUGCUAUUAUUGGUGAUACCGAUGAAUUGGUAAUUGAUGGAAUUCAAAAUACUUCUAACAGUGUACACGAGUACUCAUACGGGCAAUCGAAAAUCAUGUCUAUGAAAACACUAUUUGUUUCGAUUAAUAACACUGUUACAAUCAUUUACCGUUCUUUCAAAUCAAAUGGAGUAGCUAUGAAAAAGCUAAAAUUUACAUAUACUACGCAAGAAACAUAUUGCUUUCUGCCAGUUAUUCCAUAUGGUACGGUAUUAAAUGUCACUGGUUUUGAAACUGGAAAUAUAUUAUGGUUUAAAUGUAAUUUGGGUUAUCAUACACCAUCUGGAGAAUUUGCAACAUCACGUUGUCAUUAUAAUGAAUGGAUACCAAAACCAGAAUGUCAAAUUUUGAGCUGUGGUCCAGCAACUGUGGUGUAUAAUAAAGGAAUUUUAAGUGGUUAUACAAGAAAUUUCACAUUAUAUAGCCGUGCAUUAUAUUCAUGUGAACCUGGUUUUUAUUUGAAUGGAACUUCACCACCAUUUCGACUUUGCAUUCAGAAUGGAUCAUGGACGAAUCCGGACUUUUUUUGUCAAGCUCCUCACUGUUAUGCAACUUCAUUCCCUUUUGGGCACUUUAUACAUCAGUCAUAUCCAAAUGGUACAGCCGGAAAAUAUAUAUGUGAUGAUGGCUUCGAGCAAAUUGAUAAUGAUCCAAUAUGUGUAUUUGGCAUUUGGAACCAAAUUCCAAAUUGUCAACCAAAAUAUUACUGCACUGAUAAUCCCUGUAAAAAUGGAACAUGUGUGCAGUUUUCUGGUGGAUAUAGUUGUUUAUGUAAUGAAGGCUUUCAAAUGCUUGCAACAUCUACAGGUUAUACAUGUACAGAUAUUGAUGAAUGUCUUACACCUGGUUAUUCCUUUUGCGAAUUUACUUGCAUAAAUACAAUUGGUUCUUAUGAAUGCAGAUGUCCAAUUACUCAUCGACUAUAUACGGGAUCAGAAGAUAUGCGUGGCCGAAUAAUUAACGAAAAAUUUUUGAUUCCGAACAAAUCAUGUAUCGAGAAAAGAUGUUCUGUACCUGAAAUUCCUUCCAACGUCAUUCCUUAUCCAUUCUAUGUUGAUUUUUUUUCGUACGAAAAUGGAUUAUACUUUAUUCAUACAAUUAUCUACUUUGCUUGUCUAAAUUCUACCUUCAAUUAUACGAGUAUGAUUUGUGAUAAGACAGAAACAUGGGUUUUAGUGGGCUCUUGUACAAACAUAACUUGUUCUGCACCACAAAUCGCGAGAAAAAAUUUAAUAUUUUGGCCUGUAAAGAAAACAUAUAACUUCAAAGAUGAAAUUCAUUUUUCAUGUAAUGAACCUUAUUAUUUGGAUGGCCCCUCUUCAUCACAUUGUAUUGGCGCUAAUGUCUGGUCUUUGCCAAAGUUACCAGAUUGCAUAAAGCAUAUCACAUCGGAUAAACAAAAAUGGUGUUCGAACAGUAAUCCAUGUGAUAAUGAAGAUUUGUGUAGGAACGACGGAAUUUGUUCUGUUUGGAAUAACAAACCACGUUGUAUAUGCAAAAUACCUUAUUAUGGAGAAUACUGCACAGAAAUGGCAAAUCCUUGCAAAGAUUUACCUUGUACGCAUGGCACCUGCACAUCGCACUUUGAUCAGUUGUGGCCUUAUUACUUUUGUGAGUGUGAUUUAGGUUAUUAUGGAGAAAAAUGCACUACACGUGCAACAUGUGCAAAUAAUUUUAUUACUUGCAAGUACGGUUAUUGUCAACAAGGUAGUCAUAAUGAAGAUGCAUUCUGUAAAUGUUAUACGGGAUUCACUGGAUCUGAUUGUUCACAAAUUGUUAAUGAAUGUAGUUCUUCACCAUGUGUACAUGGAACAUGUCAGAUGAGAUUUCAAGGUAAGGUAGGCAGUAGUGAAUCUAAAAUUGCAAUUGAUCCCUGUGAUGAAAAACCGUGUGGUAUGAAUUCAGAAUGUCAUGCAUUAAGUUACGGAUAUCAUGGAAGAUACAUUUGCAUAUGUACAGCCGGCUGGACAGGGGAACGUUGUACAGAACUACUUGAUAUUUGUGUUGAUGCGCAGUGUGCUGAAGGUUCUACUUGUAUCACAGUAUCUGGAACUCAAGGAGAUGUUUGGUAUUUAUGCAUUUGUCCCUCCAACAAAGAGGGUAUAUUCUGUAACAAAUCUAUUGAUUACUGUAUAUCGCCAAACCCUUGUUUAAAUAACGGUGUUUGUGAAAGUUUGGACGAUGGCUAUUUGUGUCACUGUAACCUAGGCUACUAUGGUGAUCACUGCCAAUAUCAUCCAUGUUUUCCUAAUCCAUGUCACAACAACGGCACUUGUACGGAAUCAGAGAUAUCAGGAUAUAAAUGUAUAUGUCCUCAGUAUUAUACAGGUAUCAAUUGUACGGAAGUAGAGGAUAUAUGCGCUACAAAUUAUUUCAAAAAUUACUGCCUUAAUGGUGGACAAUGUAUUUCUAACAAUUCUGAACCAACAUGUGUUUGUAUUUACCAGUUCGAAGGUCGAAGAUGCGAAAAAAUAUUCAACAACCAAACUUCAAAACUCACGUCGAUAUCAUUUGAUGCCAAAGUACUGAAACAGUUCACUUUAUGUUUUUGGAUCCGAAUAAUGGAUCUCAACAAAUUGGAUGCUUCUUUUUUGCACCUCCAGCAAAAAGGGUAUGGUAAGAAUAUUCUUGCAAUUACAGAAAAUGCAAUAAAAUUUGGCAAAAAUUUUGAAUUUAUAACAGUUACAGAAAAUGAAUGGCAACAAUUUUGUUUUCGAAAAAAUAAAGAUGAAACUAUUGACUGGAUACGAAAUGGUAAAAUUAUUUGGACGAAAAAUUGGAGUGCAUCAUUUUCCAAUAACACUCUUAGAAUUGUUCUUGGGGCUUCAACAUUAUUUUCAGGAGAAUUAAGCAUGGUUCAGUCAGAUAGAAAUGUAGUCUUUGCUAAUUUGAAUAACAAAUUAAACGGAAAAUAUAGCAAUGAAUGGAUUGAAGAGUUAAUUAUACGUGGUACCAAAAUAGUAAAGGCUAAAAAAGAUCAUUUUUACGAUAACAAAGUAGCACCGCAAGUAGUAAACUGUCCAUCAAGUAUGAAUAUAGUAUCCAAAAAUAGAUUAACGACUGUAGAGUGGUCUCCAGCAAAAUCAAGUGAAGUAUUUACUGAUAAUGGUAUUGUUAAUAUCACAUCAAAUUACGAUAGCGGAGAUAUUUUUACUUGGGGUGAACAUCAUGUUGUAUACAUAGCGGAAGAUGAAGAUGGCAACAUUGCAACAUGCCAGUUCGAUGUUGUGAUAACACCAAAAAAUUGUGCCGUACCUGAAAAGAGUGAUGGUAGAAAAAUCAUCAUUCAAGAUGUGAAUUCAGAGAAAGCUCAGAAAAUUGCAUUCAUUGAAUGCCUACCAAAUUACAUGCCUGUCCGACCUACUGCUGCUUUCUACACAUGUGAUCUACUGGGUCAAUGGAGUUACUGGUCACAUGGAAUAAAUUUUUAUUUUCCAGCAUGUUUGGAAUACACAUUCCCACUACAACAACUAAGUGGUUUGGUCACUGUUAAAGGAAGUUCAAAUGACGUUGAAAAGUACAUAAAAAAUUUAACAGACGCAAUUUUGAAAGCAAAUGAACAGUUUGGCAAUUUUUGUGCUACUCCGAACUGUACGGAUGAACUCAAAAUCUGGCCAGUCUUAGAUUUGAGAUAUUGGAUGUCAAAAUAUAUUAGCGAACCACUCUAUGACAUAUUUCUGUAUUAUUCGAUCACAGUAAAUACCACAAGAAAGGCAAUAGAACCUGUUGUGACUACGAAUCUGUACCAAGUUUUUGGCAAAAGUAAUGAAAAGUCAAACACAACAUGGCAAUGUCCAUUUGAGAAUUAUCCUGCACAAAUUAUUCAAGAUGACUCUUACUCUUGUGUGAAAUGUUCACCAGGAAUGUUUUGUGAAGAUAAUUCUUGCAAACCAUGUCCAGAAAAUACGUAUAAGAAAAAUGAUGGUUGUGAAGAAUGUAUUCCGUGUCCUAAUAAUACGGUAACUGGUCCAAUAAAUGAUGAUGUCGGCUAUCAAAGUAUUUAUGAUUGUUACACAAACUGUAGUCCUGGUUAUUAUUACAAUGUAGAAAAAGAGGAGUGCACUGAAUGCCUCAAAGGUAUGUAUCAAGAUAAGCCUGGAAGAUUGCAGUGUAUUCCAUGUCCAGAAUCUUACAGCACUCCAAAUAAAGGUUCAGCAUGUGCUUCAGAUUGCUCAGUAACUUGUGGGGCAGGAAUGUCGAUGAAUACACAAUCUGAAUGCGUUGAAUGUGCACAAGGAAAAUAUCGACCAGAAAACUCAAUCGAAAGUCGAUGCACUCCAUGUCCAAACUUUUUCACUACUCCUCAUAACGGUAGUAUUAGUAGUACUGAUUGUACAGUUCCAAAUUGUCCACCAGGCACUUAUAUCAAUUCAAUUUCACCUUCCGGAUGCCUUUCUUGUCCAAAAAAUUAUUAUCAAAGUAACUACAAUCAGACUGAAUGCCAGAGAUGUGAAGAACCACUCGUCACUCUAGUGACGGGUUCAACUCAUCCCCGACAAUGUGUAAAACCAACGAUCUAUGACUCAUCAGCUUCUACUGUAGAUAUCAACGAAAACUUGAGUGCUACUUUAUGGCCAAUUUUGGGAUUUGCUAGUUUGAUUGGUAUUGUUGCAUUUCUUACGGCACUUUAUUUUGAACGACAGAGAAUAAGCACUUUGUUUUGUACAACAAGAGGGACACGUCUGAAACAUAUGGCCACACGUAAUUACUACCGGCAUUCUUUUUUUAUUUAUCCUAUUGUUACAACUGCACGAAGUGUAGACGACUGGCAUAAUAAUUCUUUAGAGAACAGAGUUCCAAAUAAUACUGAACGACAGGUAUUCGGAAUUAGAGGCUCUGUCUUCUCUGCAGAUUCUACUCACCGUGAAGAGUUCAGUCAGCAUAUUUUGGCGGAAACUGGUUACGAACAGUAUGCGCAACAUGUUGAUGGAAUAAAUGAAAGAUUAACAGAGAUGAAUUCUAGUCAACAAAGUUACAUAAUACGAAACUGGGAAUUCAAAAUAUUCCCAAAGGCAAUUUGUGAGGAGUCUACCGCAUAUCAGCCUUCUCUUCCAAAAGAAAACUAUGUUCCCACAUAUAAAACUACCCAGAUUCCAUACAUGGACAACGUGGACGAAGAUAGUGAUGAUGAAGUGAGUUCUAUUUAG